AUGACAGAGGCUCGCGACUUGACCGAACCACCUGAUCAAGAGAAAGUGCCAGCAGAAUCGAGCCAACAGGCAGGCGUUGUCGCAGAUGGUCCCGCACAAGCAAUCGUUAGCAGCGAAGCUCCAGACAGAGGAUGGGCAGCAUGGAGCGUUGUCGUCGGCGGAUGGUGCGCCAUGUUUGUGAGCGUCGGGUGGAACAAUGCGGCCGGUGUUUUCCAAACGAUUUACGAGAAGGAUUUCCUACAGAGCUAUUCGCCUAGUGCAAUAGGAUGGAUUAUCUCAUUGCAGACAUUCUUCAUGUUCGUUAGCGCACCCUUUACUGGCAAAGCAUUCGACUCGUAUGGCCCACGAUGGAUCAUCGCCAUUGGAAGCUUUCUACAGGUACUUGGUGUUAUGAUGAUGUCCUUGUCUACGCAGUACUGGCAUUUCAUCCUUGCCCAGUCAAUAUGUACUGGCAUCGGUGGUGGCGCAAUUUUCUUCGCUGCAUCGAACUCCAUAGCCACUUGGUUCAAGAACAACAGGGCGCUUGCUUUAGGAAUAGCUUCAGCUGGUUCGGCUACUGGCGGCGUCAUUAUUCCCAUCAUGGUGAAUCAUAUCUACGACGAUAUCGGCUUUGGCUGGGCGCUACGUGUUGUCGGGUUUGUCUUUCUCGGCCUUCUCACCAUUACGAAUGUGCUGCUCAAGUCCAGGCUCACACAUGUGGUAAAGAAGCCGCAUCCGAAGGAUUUUAUGGAACCUCUUCAAGAACCACCCUUUCUGUUCCUAACAGCAGCUUGCUUCUUCUUCGCCAUGGCUGUAUAUCAACCGGGAACAUUUAUCGCCCUAAACGCUCAGCGUGAAGGCAUACCCGACCAUAUCUCCAACUAUCUACUAUCCAUUCUCAAUGCUUCGAGCGUCAUCGGUCGAGUCGUCGUUGGAUGGGUAGCAGAUCGUGCAGGCCGCUUCAACACCAUGAUCAUCACCACCUUUCUCUCCGCACUCUUCGUACUUGCGGCUUGGAUUCCUGCACAUUCGACAGCGCCGUUCAUUGUGUUUGCUGUACUCGUCGGCUUCACCAAUGGAGCUUACGUCGCACUCACAAGCUCGUUGGUCGCUCAAAUCUCAGACAUCAAGAAGAUCGGAACGAGGAAUGGAACGAACUGGUUCAUGUAUGGAAUUGGGGCUCUUAUUGGCACACCCAUCGCUGGCGCUUUGAUCCAGAGAGAUAGCGGCGGAUAUCUGUAUAUGCAGAUCUUCGCUGGCUUAUCUAUGUUUAUGAGCGGAUGUUUGUUUGUCGGUUCAAGAUAUGUUCAGAUUGGCUUGGCCUGGAAAUGGAUAUAG